AUGGCGAUACGAGAGGAUAUCGUCGCAUCAGCGACGCAGUUUCUGCAGGACCCGAGCGUUGCAAGCUCGUCCAUCGAGAGUCGCAUGUCUUUCCUACGGACUAAGAACCUGACCCAAGAAGAAAUCGAUGCCGCUUUAUCGAGAGUCGGCGUCCAGGCUGCACCGGGUCCGAUGCCGGUCGCUCAGCAGCAGCAACAGCAACAACCACAACAAUACUACCAACCAGCAUACCCUCCUCAGUACCAGGCAUGGCAACCUCCUCCACCGCCCCCUAAGAGAGACUGGAGGGACUGGUUCAUCAUGGCAACAGUCGUCGGUGGUUUCAGCUACGGCGCAUACACUCUGGCCAAGCGAUACGUGGUUCCUCUGAUUGCGCCGCCGACACCCGAGAAGCUCGAACAGGAUAAGAAGUCGAUUGAGGAGCAGUUUGACAAGGCCUUUGGGCUUGUCGAGCAACUGGCCAAGGAUACAGAGGAACUCAAGGCUACGGAGCAAAAACGCACUGAGAAACUGGACACGGCUUUGGAGGAUAUUGAAAAGAUUAUGACGGAGCUGAGGAACGCCAAUCAGCGAAGGGAACUCGAGACACAGCGCGUCAAGGACGACGUGCAGAUCCUCAAGGAUUCCAUCCCUAAGGCUAUGAACACUCAGAAGGAUCUUACCGACUCGAGACUGAAGGAGGUCAACACCGAACUCACUAGCCUCAAGACCCUGAUCACACAACGCAUGACCGCCGCGUCAUCAUCGACACCCGCCAACGGUCUGCGACCUGGUGCGACCGCUACGCCCGCUCCUGCUGCGAACAGCACGGAGGCCGCUGCCAGCACCGAGACCACCAAGCCCGCUAGCACGCCGACCUUCAACCGCCCUUCGCCGUUCAGCGGUGCCACGGGCGCAAAGGCCUCUAUCCCGGCCUGGCAGAUGGCCAUGGCCAACAAGGACUCUGCCGCCACACCGGCAGCAACAAAUGGAACCUCGUCCGACAGCAACUCGCAGCAGCAGGCAUCCGCUUCUUCAUGA